AUGGAGCCCAAGAAGAAACCUGGACCUUCGGCUUACCCAUCCACCUCGAAGGCUCCGCCGCCCACGGCCUCUAACGCUACGAGGGUGCGGAGGCGCACGAGGGCGCGAACGCUGCUGGGGAAGUGGUCAGAGCAGGCGGUGCCGCCACCACUUCCCCCGCAGCCGACGCAGGAGCACGAGGCACCAGAGGAGAGCAGUAUCAGCAACACCCUGACGGCCACGCUCCCCAAGGUACGGGCGAGGGGGUCACACCAUCUGCGCCCCUUUCCCCCACCGACGGGCACAACCACAGCAAUGGUGCUCGGACCGGGGCGAACCGCCGCCCUCCGGCCGCCCCCACCACGAGAGCGGUCACAGCGCGUGCACCUCCCCUGCGACGGGCCGACCAAGCUGUUGCGCCCGACGGAGCCACUGGCCCUCGAGCGCCUUCGCGAGACCACAUUCAGGUGGUUGCCCCAUAGCAACAGCGGGGCGUAG